CAGAUUAACAUUAUUACUACAAAUACAUUAUCAGGAGGUCCUCUCUCCGUUUGGUUUUCAGCUUCUAUCUCAUUGAAUCCGUACAUCAUUUAUUUGUAUCAAUCACAUUGCGUUUCUGUUCAAAAUUCUUGCAUUAAUCGGAGUCUGCUCUACGAUACAUAUAUAUAUCCCGUUGGAAUGGGAGUGACUUUUUCGUGCCAAUUUGCCGAUUUUGACGAUUUGGAUGCUCAGUUAGAGUGUGUCUUAUUUAGCGGCAAGGUUAUCCCGGAUGCAAAAGCUAUUGAAUUUGAGACCAUUGAUUGUGGAAAGGUGAUCCUUGAGGGGUCUCUUAGCAUUGGAGGAAGGGACUUGGACCCUGUAGUCUCUCCAUAGGAGCAUAUGAUGCCUCAAGCUCUGCCCAAAUCUGACGAUCUUAGACAUGAAGCAGCCUUAAGAUUGCAGAAGACGUACAAAAGUUUUAGGACUCGAAGGCAGCUUGCUGACUGUGCAGUCAUAGCCGAGCAAAGAUGGUACCAAUCUGCAGAUAAUGAUUAUGUGUUUGUUCUGUUCUGUUCUGAGUACAAUUCUUCGGUCUUGUCAAGGUGGAAGCUGUUAGAUUUUGCUGAGCUCAAACGUACUUCUGUGUCCUUCUUUGAUAUUGAGAAACCAGAAACCGCUGUUCAGCGUUGGUCUAGAGCAACGACCAGAGCUGCAAAGGUAGGGAAAGGUCUGUCAAAGGAUGAGAAGGCGCGUAAACUUGCCUUGCAGCAUUGGCUCGAGGCUAUUGACCCUAGACAUCGAUAUGGUCACAACCUGCAAUUCUAUUACAUUCGUUGGCUCCAAUGUGAGAGCAGGCAGCCCUUCUUUUACUGGCUAGAUGUUGGAGAAGGUUGGAAUGUGAAUCUAGAGAGAUGCCCUAGAUCGAAACUUCAACAGCAAUGCAUAAAGUAUCUUGGGCCGGCAGAGAGAAGCUCGUACGAAGUGAUGAUAUCGGAUGGGAAGUUUGUGUACAAGGAGAGCGGGAAGCUUCUAGACACCAAGGAAGCAGGGGAAGAUGUGAAAUGGAUCUUUGUUCUAAGCGCGUUGAAGGUGCUAUACGUGGGGAAGAAGAGAAAAGGCGGGUUUCAACAUUCCAGUUUCUUGGCUGGUGGAGCUACACUAUCAGCUGGACGUUUGGUUGUACAAAAUGGUAUCCUCAAGGCGGUUUGGCCUUACAGUGGACACUAUCUCCCAACAGAAGAAAAUUUUGAGGCACUAAUGACAUUUCUUUUGGUACACAAUGUUGAUCUCAGUGGUGUGCAGAAAGCUCCGGAUAAUGAAGAGGAAGCAGCUGGUAUUCCGCUUCGUAGAAUCAAAUCGGUACCUGCAGAGGUGGGCAAGCAGGAUGACGAGAAUAUGCGUAUAUCGAGGUGGUCCCGGAGACUACAGUCCAAAAUCAGUCUGCUUAAUAUUCAGACAAGAACAGAGGAAUUCUUCUCUCCAAGAUAUGUGGAGAGCCCGACGGAUGGAUACGAGACAGCAGAUGACUCUCUAUCAGAGUCAGACUCAGAAUCAGAUACGGAGUUCCUGAUCUCAAAGGAGAAUCUGUUCGAGGAGGAAAAAGAGGAAGAGAAGGCGGUCUCAGAAGAGAAGAUAAUGAAGAGGAUAAACUCGCAUAAAGGGAUAAGAUCAUAUGGAUUGGCACAGAGCCUGUGCUGCAAAUGGACAACGGGAGCGGGUCCUCGGAUAGGAUGCGUGAGGGAUUAUCCAGUGGAGCUGCAGCUGCGUGCGCUCCAGGAGAUCUGCUUCUCUCCCACUCCCAGACACACUCUCCCUCGCAUAACCACUCCAAAAACCUAAAGCUUUUACCUAUUCAACUUUGCCAACAUCUCAGUACAAGUGUAAAACAGUUAAACA